AGUUAAGUUUGACACGUAAGUUACUGUGAGAUUACUGUGAGAUUCAUUCCCUUUAAUUUCGGAAUUCUCUACCCCCCGUUCUGCUUUUCCAAAUCAAGCGACAAACCACAGCAAACUCGGCCGAUAACAACAACAAUAACCAAAAACAAUCAACGACUUCGAGUACGACUUUGACCCCGUACUCGCAUCAAUAACAACCGAGCCGACCCUGUCGUCGGUACAUCAUUGCAUGCAUCAAUUACGCAAGAUAUAGAUUUCAUUUUGUUCUUGUUAAUUGACAGAAAGCAAUGUUUGAUAUUCAAGAGUAUGCAAACGCGAAGGGCAUCCCUGUAGAAUCAAUCCCUGCGGAUGUUUUCGACAAAGCCCAAGGAAAGUCCUACGCAAUUCGCGAAGCUAAGGACCCCAUGGCUGAUACCUUCAAGGAAAUUUGUACAAAAUCACAGGAACUCCUAGCGGCAUGCACUUCGGAAUCUGGGGUAAGCAUCGCUAAGUAUGGCGUCUCGGCCCUUCUAAUGAUGAUGCAAUUCAUGAUUGUGAUUGUUGUCUAUGCGUCGGUUGAGCGCCAUAUACUGUUACUGACAAAUUAUCCAUCUUCUAUUCUUUGCCCUUUUAUUGACAGAGCUCGGAUGGAUCUAGUUUCCCUGCCGCGUGUGCCAACGAAGCAGUAAAGCACAUGGAGUGUUUGAUCAACAAGAGAGAUACUGCGUAUCAGUUGGCGGUAAAACUUGCAGGGAAAGACGAAUGUGAAAAGGUUUUUCCGUAUUACGAAGAUAACAAGAAGAAGGCACUCGAUAUGAUUGGAAUCUACAAGCAUUCUGCGGAAGGUGAAAAAGCUAGCACUUUCUGGGGAUGAUUACUUACUCCUUCUAGAGUUAAAUUUAAAAGUGACGAUUCCAGUUCCGAGCCAAAGGUUUUAGUUGUUGUAGUGAAUCAGAUUCUUCCAUCCAAUUUAAUAGGUUCUUUUUGGCAAUAGCUUGUAGUAGAGAUCAAAGCUAGAUCUUCUGUUUGGUUCAAAUGUUUUGGAUUUUGAUGCAAGAAUUGUCAAAAUCUCAGGAUACAGUCCACAAUCAAUCUGAAGAAAUUUG